AUGAAAGAAGUGGCGUGGACACAUUACGGUGAGUCGGGCCGCGCCGUGUUGACAGUGGACACCAACGUGAUCACCAAGAACGACCGCGUCUCGCUGGUCAAGGAGAGCGGCGGGUCAUCGUGGUCGCUGGUCAUCAGGAACGUGUCCACCUCAGACCGCGGCGAUUACCUGUGUCAAGUGAGCACCGUGCCACCUGAGCGACUAUACCUGCACAUAUCAGUCGUGGUCCCCCCGAGGAUCACUAAGCUCCCCAUGGACGUGGAGGCGACCGAGGGAGAGGAGGUGAGGCUGAAGUGCGCGGCGACAGGUGACCCCCCGCCCUCGUACACCUGGCGAAGGGAAGACUCGCAGCCCUUCGUCCACAACGGGUCCACAGUGGUGGUCGCCUCAGGACCUAUACUCGUUCUGCCAUCGGUCACCAGAAACUCCAGCGGGGCGUACCUCUGCGUGGCGUCCAACGGAAUACCCCCAGCCGUGUCUGCCCGCGCGAAGGUGUCCGUGAGAUUCGCUCCCGAGAUGGUGGGCGGCGUGGGCGUGCAGUGGGCGGAGGUGGGCGGGCGCGCGGAGCUGGUGUGCCGCUACCUGGCCUGGCCGCCGCCCACGCUCACCUGGACCAAGGACCAGGUGAAGAAAGAAACCUCAGUGGAGGAUUGGGAGGCUGGGGGGGCGGGCACCUCCACGCUGGUCAUCUCCCCGGUGGAGGGCGAAAACUACGGGGUCUACCGCUGUGUGGCCGCCAACACCCUGGGCACGGCGGCAGCCACGGUAACCCUACGAGAGAUAACCACCACCACCACUACCACGACCACCACCACCACCACCACCACGACCACCACCACCACCACCCCGCCGCUCCCCGAGGUCCUCUUGACAGAUGAACAAAGAUUCCUCUUGGACGGGAAGGUGUUGGAGAAGACUGCCCUCAUACACUCUUCCUCCUCCUCCUCUUCUUCUUCCUCCUCUUCCUCCUCCUCCUCCUCCUCCUCUUCGUUGCAAAAAGGGACGGGCGGAGGGUCGAGUGUGCUGGGGCUGGCCUGUCUGCUGCCCUGCCUCUCCUGCUGCUGCCUCGGCCUCUGCGUCCUCCUCACUCUCCUGCUGGGGUAGUCAGGGGGUUCUUAGGCGACGGGAGGACACAAGAACGCGGCCUCAACGACAUCAUGCCACGACACUCCACGACACUUCCGUUGUUUACUCCUGUCACUCCUGUCGUGUUGUGUGUAGUGCGUUCAGGAUAGCUUGGCGAAAUGGCUCCUCCUCUUCCUCCUCCUCCUCCUCCUCCUCCUCUUCUGUUUCAAGCCUUGCCGUUUAUAUAUACAGUGAGUUAUGAUUAAUUUGGCGCCCAGCUCCUCCUCCUCCUCUUCUACGAUGGAUUUUUGUGCUACAUGAGAGAGAGAGAGAGAGAGAGAGAGAGAGAGAGAGAGAGAGAGAGAGAGAGAGAGAGAGAGAGAGAGAGAGAGAGAGAGAGAGAGAGAGAGAGAGAGAGAACUUUACAUUGUUAAAAGAAAAAAUACAUGUGAGGAGAAAGAAAAGAGGACCAUAAAAACACGUGAAAUAAUAAUGAUAAUAAUAAUAAUAAUGUGUGUGUGUGUGUGUGUGUGUGUGUGUGUGUGUGUGUGUGUGUGUGUGUGUGCAGACAGGAACGAAAUAUUAAGGCACUAAAAAAUACAGCAGACAAAAAAACGAGAAUAUAACAACAUAAAAAGUGAAAAUUGUAGAACGAGGCAAGAGUAAUGGAAAACGUGGAUACUGGGAUGAAAAUAAGAAAGAAAUAAUGAGAGAGAGAAAGAAGAAACAAUGGAAGGCGAUGUGUUUGUGUGUGUGUGUGUGUGUGUGUGUGUGGACGGCAAAAAUGUGAUGCUUUGAUCGUGUGAAGGAAAAUAAACUGACAAAUAAUGGAAAGGAAAAGAAAAAGAAGGAAAGGAAGGAAAGGAAAGGAAAAGGAACUA